AUGAUUCGCAGAAACCCAACUCUGAUUCCAAUGAACGACCUUGAUGUCCAGGACAUUCGAGAUAUGGUUGCUAAGCAAAGGGCCGACCAGCAGCUCAUGCAGAAAAUGAAAUGGCUUGUUGAGAGUCCAGAAAUUCUUAAAGAAGACUACGAUCUCAUAACUGAACUGAGCAAAGACAAAGCCAGAAGAUUGGGGCUUGACCCGGGUACGACCCCCUCCUCAUAG